AUGCCAAAGAGACAGCAGGACGGCGACCCAGAGCCGAAGAAGAGAAAGAAGAAGACCCAGGGGCAUGAUGACGACUGCGAGGGCGAGCGUGGGUUUCUCGUCACGGGCAUGACCUGUCAAAAUUCCCUCCGAGGGCUGAAAGACCUGAGGCUUUGGCUUGAGGUCGAGGCGGAGGUCGCCGGGACAACAGAUGAAGCAGCCGAGCGUCCGCAGGGAGUGGCAGAGAGUUUGGAUGCGGAGCUGGCCGAGUUGCGCAGCGACCCAGCUCAGAGGCGCUUCCUGACGGUAGGCAUGGUCUGCAAGGAGGUGGCUUUCCUGCGCUGCCAGCAUCAGGCCGAUCUGCCUUCCGGGCUGGCAAAGAAGUGUCUGGGCCCCAGCGCCGCGAGGCGCUUCGUUUCGCGCUUCGCCGACCGUGUCCUCCCGGUGGAUGGAUCGACGCGGCCAAAGCUAGAAAGCUUCGAGAGUGGUGCGCUCAGCAUGCUCUCCAGCCAUGCUGGCCGGCCAUGGCGCUUGCUCUAUGAAGCCUUCCGGGGCGGAUGGAAUACCAUCUCCAAAGAGGCCCCGUGGGGCAGCUGUGGCCACUUUGCGACCUCGUGGCGCUUUUGA